AUGACCUGCUCAGUAUUGCCCCGAAAGCGCAUCCUCAUGCUCUGCUGCCACCCGCUGCACCACUGCCUGCCUCACUGCUUCCCCCCAGCCUGGCGGGACCUUCUAAACGAAAUCGCCAAGUUGGCGGACCUUUCCUUUGCCGGAGUACCUUCCAACAGCAGCGGCAGUGGCAGCAGUGAAGACAGUGGUGGUGACUUCAACCUCAGCAGCCUCAGCAGCCUCAACAGCUUGAGUCUGAAUGAGGUUGGGCUGCUGAUGGUGGAGGAUAUUGUAAGCCGCAUGUCACAGCACUGGCGACGUGCCGUAUCCCAAGGCGUCCAGCCGGUCCAUGAGGCCGCUCCUCAGCUCCCCCGAGACCCCGCUCUGAAUAGGCUGGGGGGCGACCUACCCGUCCUAGGCUCCCUCUCAACGGUGCAAGACGGGAUGGACGCAUCCGGAGAAGCAGGCGCAGAUGUCGUAGACGCGGCAGACCUAGAAGGAGGAGAUUUAAACCCAGAAGCAGGCCCACUCCCGCUUAAUAGGACCCACCAUCGUGUACCCCCGGCAGCGCAAUCGGUCGACGGGAUGAAGAUACUGCAGCUGCCGCCACCGUUUACUCACGGUGCUCCUGGUGACCCCGGCGGGGAAGGAACGCCUGUGCAGUCACUGCUUUUAACAUUAAGCGAUGACAUGAUUCAUAAUUUCGCAACGGUUGGUAGCAGCAGCGGUGAGAUUCGUGGUGAUGAAGGCAGCAGCGGUUCGAGGCGCGGCCGCGGCUUGCUGCAGGGUCCUACCGGAGGCAUGGGAGGCAACCCCAUGUACGCCAAUGCGUUCCGGCUGGUGUUCGGCAACUUCUUCGACUUUGUGGAAGGAGCCCGUCGCUUCAUCGCCACUCUGGCUGGGGAGGCGCGUAGCCUGUUAAUUAACAUUCAUUGGAUUCGAGAUCUGGCGAUUUUGGCGACAGCCCCCCUGGACAACAUCAUCAACUCCAACUGGCUACCACUGCCCCAGUCCAUUGGCCAGCUCCGGUCGCUGUUCGAAACCGCCCUCAACGACUACUGCACACCCGAGUCCCUGCGGCCAUCUCGCCUGGUGCUAGGGGAGUAUCGAAGGCCCACCUUCUCGCUGGCCAUCCUACCAGCGCUCUGCACCAUCAGCGUGGACGACACGGGCCGCCGCAGCAUUGACUGGGAGAGGUGCACCCCGGCACGGCUCAGGGUGACCAUCACACCAGGGUCGUACACGGGUGCGUACUAUACCGCACCAGUCUACACGGGCAAGGUCUGCAGGUACAGCCGAGCCUUUGGUACGGAUAAGACGUACCAGACCGGCGGCGGCCCCAACAGUUACACCUUCAGGAGAUCCGCUCGGGCGCUGUUCCUCCUUCCUGUCCUUAACCAGUUCUUCGUCAGGGGCCUUUUCACACCUUUCGUCGCCGACAACCUGCGCUUCGGCAACGUCACCGGCGGACCCGUCUUGGACGUCAUCUCAGCGGACAGACCGACCACCGCCGACGGCAGCAAUGCCGCCUUCAUCCUGCGUACGCCAACUGAGACGGCGAAGGCGGACGAGCGCCUCAAGAAAAAGCUCAUACCCAUAAGGGACGAUGAGCCUAAGCGAUAUGUGCCUAAGCAACACCCGCAACGGAAUCGCGGACACUCAAGGGGUAGCGCGGAGAUGCAUGGCGCAUCAGCUGCCGGAGGCAAAGCACAGGUUGCUACUACUGCUGAUACAUCCGGGGCGCAGCAGAGGACGGCAGAGGCCCUCUUGCAGCAACCCCAACGGUUACAACGGACACAACCGAAACCGUUGCAACCACCACAGCCCGCUCCAGCACCGCAGGAUUCCAGCACAGCAGCCAUCGGACAGGCUGCUGCCGCCGGUGAUGUCUCUGCGCAGACAGUAGUGCCAGCGGUAGUGCCCUACCACGGCAAGAGAACUAUGGCUCCGGAAGCGGCGGAUAAAGAAGCGCUCAGCUCUAAGUCCGGCGCACGUCCGCCGCGGGAAGCAGCACCAGCUGCUGCAUGGAACCUCACCUACACUGAAUGGCUGUUGGACGUCGUCGACAGGGCGUUUGGCACGUCGGGUGUAUGA